AGCGGGAGCGCGGGCCGGGCUCUACUGGGGUGCGGAUGCGUGCGGAGCGUGUCCCCAGUGGGCCUGAGCCCUGCCGCUCCCUGAGUGCCCGGGCCUGUCCAGGCCCCUGGAGGGUGCCCGGGGACAGCUCAGAGGGAGGGAGGGCCUCCGGUGUGGUCCUCUGAGCACGGAAGCACACUGGCCUUCUGCCCUUUGUGCGAUCAGAUAAGAAGUCCCUAGAAGUGCCCUCCCCAUGGUCAAGGCCAGCUGUCCGGAAGGGAGAGCCACGAGAGAGAAUGCUGGCAUUGACACAGGAAGGAAGCGGAGCAUCUGUGGAGGCAGCAGGAGUGGGGAUAUAUGGAGGAUGUGCGGGGAUCUUCUUGGCCUGGAGCCGAUAACUGAAAUGAUAGCUUAGGAGAGGAAAGCAAAGUGCCCCCGGGACACAGCCCUCUGAGCCCAGGGUGGCGGGAGGGAAGCCAGCCUUGGGCCAGAGGAACGCCUUGCUUGGGUUCAGCUGCCCCUUGCAGAGGGGUGCUGGACUCUGGGCAUAAACAGGACCUAAAGUGGGUGGGUUCUGAUGGAGUGGUUGGAGUGUGCCCAGAAAGGGGACAGGGAGAGCCGUGUUCAUGGCUUUAAGGGUGAUGGCUCCUCAGAGGUAGAGGGUUGGAGGUUGGCCGGCCAGGGUGGAGCCUCCUCAUGAUGACAGGACUGGUCCUGAGAAGCCUAGAAAGGAGUCCACAGAGCGUCCUGGGACACCAACAGGAAGUGUGCCCAGAAAAGGCCCCGUCGUCUCUCUAGCGAGGCGUGGGAUCCCGCUGUGGUUCCUUAGGGUGGGACUGCUUCCCUUGUUCCCAGACCAAGACCCAAGGAGCUGCCUCUGCUUGUCUCGGGCCCAGCUAUUCCCGUCUUUGGCCUUCCCCAGUCCCUGGAUUGCUUUAUUCAAUCCUUUGACCUUGUGUUAAAUCAUUCACUGAUGGUUGUGAGAGCACGCCAAGCCAGGCUUCAUUCAAGAGCCUGGCCAUAGGUACAGGGACAUGGCAGAGGGGGCAAGACGGGGGUCUUCUCCCAUGGGCAAGUGGGAAUUUACAGCCAAGGAACAGGUAGGGGUCAGUGGACAGAAAAUGACCAGAGGCAACAUCAGGAGGGAGGGGGAUUCUGGCUGGCCUGACCUAACCAGGUUUUUGCAGAAGACAGGCCGGGGUGAUGAGCUGUUACCCAGGGGUUGGUGGAGGAUGAAGAACCUGGUUAAUUAACAGGGAUAAUGGGCUAUGAGGAUAGGGUCCUCGUGAAAGGUGGAUUUUUACAUGGAAGAGCACAGAUAGGAGCAGAGCCUGACUAAAAUUUGGUCAAGCGAGCAAUCUGUCACCUGUGGGCUACUGGACUUUCUUCCAUUUUAAGGGUUGAAAAGAGCUUAUUGACUUGUCCCCUAGUCCUCAUACGGAGUGUUGUGAUUUGAACUCAGAUCUUUGCCUAUGCUAUAACGGCAGGGCCUGGAGUCCCAUGCAGAGAGGGGCAGGGUGUGAACCAGCGUCCUUGGGGUGGGAGGGACACCAUCCUGUUGGCCCCUGCUCACGUCCUUGAAGCCACAGCUUCUCACCUUCAGCCUGUGGGCUUUGGGGCCGGAUGGCUCCCUGGUGUGAGGGCUGUCCUGUACGCUGUAGAAUGGUCAGCAGCAUCCUGGGCCUCCGCUCACCAAAUGCCAGCAGGACUCUCUUCUCCCAGUUAUGACAACCCAAAUGUCUCCCAUCGUUGUCACAUGUCCCCUGGGAGAAGAAACCACCUCCAGUUGAGAGGCCGCAAGCUUCUUUCUCUAAGAGGAUUUGACAUGGGUCAACGUGGCAGGACGGUGGCUGUCCCACAUACCAAGAGAACCCACUGGGUCCCAGGAGAGAUGGGGAACAGCAGGAGCCGCGCGGAGCAGAAGUGUUACUCCCAGUUCCUUCCCGAGGAGCAGGCGGAGGUCGAUGCGCUGUUUGGCACUCUGUCGUUGGACAAGGACAGCUCUGAGGCCUUGCCCAGGUCCUUCUCACUGCAGGCGCUGAAGAACCGCAUUGGGGAGGCUCUUCCCCCAGAGAUGGUCACCAGACUGUAUGACGGUAUGCAGAGAGUCCACCCGACUGGGAGGGCUCAGGGGCCCAGCAAGGGCGUCUCUCAGGAGCAGUUCACGGUGUCGCUGUCCCACAUGCUGAAGGGCAGCUCUGAGGAGAGGAGUCUCAUGAUUCUGAAGAUGAUUUCUGCCAAGGAAGGUCCCGUGAAAGCCAGAGACCUCCAGAAGUUCACAGAGGAUCUGGUUGGCUCUGUGGAGCAUGUGCUGGCCCACAGGCAGGAGCUGAAGGGCUGGACCCGGAAGAAGGCCCCCGGAACCCCCACCAGGGUGCAGGCACUGGCUGCUCACCUGCUGUCUGAGAUGAAGCUUCCAGAUGGCAGCAGGCCGCUGGGGCCUCACUGGCUGGACCAUGCCUGUGACCGAGCCACGGUCGAGGACUGGGUGUUCAGGGUACCCCACGUGGCCACGUUCCUGAGAGUGGUCAUCCACCAAGGCUUCCUGGUCCUGUGUUCGUCCCUCGAUCUGGCCACGCUGGUGCCCGAGUGCCAGGUGGGCCCCGGGCAGGAGUUUGACAGCGUCCUGGACGUCCUGGCGGUCAUCUACCUCAACUCCCACCUGGCGCGGGAGCAGCGGCACCACUGGCGCCUGCUCUUCUCCUCCCAGCUCCACGGGCAGAGCUUCUCGCAGCUGUGCGGGCACAUCACGCACCGGGGGCCCUGCCUCAUUCUCCUCGAGGACCAGGACGGACACGUGUUCGGUGGCUUUGCCUCCUGCCCCUGGGAGGUCAAGCCUCAGUUCCAAGGGGACGAGCGGUGCUUCCUGUUCUCCGUCUCCCCCAGCAUGGCCGUGUACCGGCACACGGGCUACAACGACCACUUCAUGUACCUGAACUGCGGGCAGCAGACCAUCCCGAACGGACUGGGCCUGGGAGGACAGCACGAUUACUUCGGGCUUUGGGUAGAUGCUGACUUCGGGAAGGGACACAGCAAGGCCAAGCCCACGUGCACCACGUACAACAGCCCACAGCUGUCCUCCAAGGAGAACUUCCGCUUUGACAAGAUGGAGGUGUGGGCGGUGGGAGACCCCCCAGAGUCGCAGCUGGUCCAGGGCAAAAAGAGCAUCCUCGACGUUGAUCCUGAGGCCAGGGCCCUGCUGGAGAUCACUGGGCAGACUCGCCACAGUGAAGGGCUCCGUGAGGCCCCUGAGGACGACGCCUAGGCGGCGGGGCUUCCAGAGCCUGGACACGGACAUCCCUGGUGCAGCGCGUACGGCCCUCCCCGGGGUGUGAGCCUCGGACCUCCCCUCUCCUGCCGGGCAACUCCAUGGAGCCCUGGACGGGCUUGACCAGAACACGCCGUGCCAAGAAGGUCCCUCUGCGGCCACAGAUAAGAUUUCUGGGAGAUGACCUCUCAACCUGAGUGUCAAAUUAGCAACUCAGUCUUCAAGUUUGUUCAUUUCUCAUCAAUGAUAUCCAAAGACACAGACAUUUGGAA